CCCAAGGCCUGCAGCGCUGUUCCAGGGCCGGAUUUGCACAGGGCGCCCCAGCCCGAGUCCGCUGCGGGCUUCCCCCCGCCCGGCGAUCUGUGCCCGUGGGCAGGAGGCACCAUGGGCGCGAGGCUUUUGCGCCACUGGGGCAGGGGGCUGCGCGCGGACAUGCACGGGGCCCUACUGGUCACCGGCAUCCCGGAGGGCCUGGAGGAGACGGCCGUCGAAGCCGUCUUGCAGCCGGCCUUCCUGCCCCCCCCCCCCCCCUCCGGCACGUGCAGGCUGUGCAACACUAGGGCCGCGAGGGACCAGAAGGCCGAAGCCGCGGUGGAAUUUGCGGAGGCCAUAAAUCACGCCUCCUUGCCCAGACAGAUCCCGGGCAAGGGCGGCGUCCGGAGGGUUCUGUGUCACGACCGCGCGGAGGACACAAGGGUCCUGAGGCAGAUGAAAGGCCUGCUGCUGGAUGAGAGGCCCUCGGAGGCAGGCCGCAGGCGCUGCAGGCCCCGGGGACACAUCCCCCUCUCCUGCUUGGCUUCGGAGACCCAGGCCCAGGGCUCAGGGCCCGCUCCCAGGAAGGCCGGCUCCCCCCAGGGAAGGGCCGCCGCGCUCACAGAAACACAGCCAGAGGCAACAGGUAGGUGGGCCCAGCAGGGCCAGGAGAGAGAGCCAGGCGGGAGUCCGACGACUCUCUGGGGAUGCGGUCCCCGCGAGUUCUUGGCCCUGGUGAGGACGGACAAAGCCAAGCAGGAGCGGGCGGAGGCAGAGCCCCGGGGCGAGGCCCUCAGCCUCCACAGGGGAGAAGCCCGGCGCCCAGGGGGGCGCGGCCCGGCUUUAGUGGCCCUGCUGGCGGUGAGAGACACGUGGCAGCAGGAGCCCAGGGACAGCGACGCUCCCGAAAGCCAGUCACAGCGAAACGGGGAGCCAGGAGACGAGAGGGUGGACAGUCCCGAGUUUGUGGCCAUCGCGGCCUGUGCGGACCCGUGGGCCCCGUGGGCCCGUCGGGGAGGGGAGAUGCUGAAAGUCGCUUGGGUGAUGGAGUCACUGGGCUGGAGCGACAAGCGAGGCCAGACAGAGGCCCUCCUCGCGGUCUUGCCCGUCCGGCGCCGGGACACUCGGGGAGCCCGCGAGAAGGUGGACGAGGCGGGUCGCCGGGUGGACGCCGUGGUCCUGCGGAAGGCCGCGGGCCGCGGGAGCCGCCGGGAGCGCAUUUCCAGCCUGGCCGAGCCCGAGCCCCCCUCCACGGGCGCGGGGACCCGGGGUGGGGCUGGCGUCGCUCCCGAGGGGAAGGCGGUGAACCGUGAAAGAAGGGGCGCCGGGCCCUUGCGGAGGCCGGCGAGGCCAGGGGUCAGCUGCUCACCCUCCCCCACCCCCGUCUCCAAGUCGGCCGGUAGUGAGAAGGGUCGUGGCGGCCAGAGACUGACCCCCCCCCCCCAGUGCCGCUAGGGGAACCCGGAGACGCGCCGCCUCACACCCGCAUCCCGGCAACGCCCUCCCCCGACGCCCUGCGUGCGACAGAGGCGGCCUCCCGGGUUCACCCUGGGACCCGCGCUCUGCUGAGCCACCCGCCGCCGGCCUCCCGGGUCCCUCUCUGUCCCUCCUUUGCAGGUGGUGGGACGAUCCCCAGGGAAGAAGGAGAGAGAUUCGGCCCCUCCGGAAGGCAGCAGCCCCAGCUGUGGUCCCAGGACUUGCAGUGGGGACGGGGCACCUCCUCAUCUCCUCCCCGGCCCCCUCUUUUGGGGUCUGGGACCCCACUGUAUUCACCGUGGCUGAAGGCCAUGCAGGGAGACACGUGUCUCGGAUCCGUCCUAUCAAUGCCAAGGUUCCUCGGUGGGCUUUAUGGCUUCUUCAGCCACCACCGACUCCGAUUCCGAGUUCUGUUGCUACAGCGUUCAUGAAGCACAGACCUCACUCACGGGGAGUAGACGUAAGCUCCACCUCUGGAAGGGAAGAGCAUCCGAGAGUGUGUGGGCAGAGUCUGAAAGCAGCACGGAGAUCCUUACCAUUCCUGGUUCAUCUUCUGCCUAACUCAUGAAAGUGAAAGCCACACAUGCAGCGGGGGACACGUGGCUCCCUCAGAAUUUCCCGCGAAAGCAACGGGCUAGCUGAUUUUCUCCAAUUCUCCAUCCCAGUGUGGGCUCCUGCAUUAGGAUUUGGCUUGGGGUUUAUUGCCUCACGGUCACAACAUGGCUGCUGAGCUCCGGACAUCACCUUCUCCCACAACAGGGAAAAAAAUGGAUAGGUGGGGUGGUGACAGCCCUCUCCUAUCCUGCUUCUCCUCUUUUAUCCAGUCACAAACCUAUUUCCCAAAAGCGGCCAGCACACUCAUUGGCCAGAACUGGGUCACUGCCUACCUGCCCCUACAAAGGAGUCUAGGAAACAGGAGAGCUGGCUUUUCUUCACCACUUUGGUAUGAGGUGGUAAAUGGGAGAGGAGUUGUUAGUGGCUGUUAGAUCAGCCAAUCAACACUAUCGGUGGCGGACGUGACCUCAUGCCCACUGCAAGAAUAAUUUUUAAACAUUGAGAGAGAAAGAGAGAGAGAGAUGGAGAUAUUCUUUCUCUCCCGCAGUGGCGGUGGGAGAGAUACUAUUUUGCAUCAUAAAAUCCAUCUACAGAAUCAGC